AUUUCUCUCCGGGCACGAAUCUCAAAGCGGAGAAGCUCGAGUUCGGCCGCCCUCCAAUCGCCGCGAAAGGGUUCCGAUCUCCGAGCUCCGGCGAGGGAUCCAGCGUUCCGAUCUCUUUGAUCGGUCUGCUGAGCUCUCGGAUCUUGCAGAUCAUCCAGUGUGUUGCAUCAGGAAAGAAGAACUAGUAUUUAAGGAGAAUUACCUUUAACAGAGGUUUAAUAGAUACCUAGGAUUUGUCGUCUUGUUGUCGUUGAUAUUCAAAUCAUGUGGAGGCUCAAACAGUUCAUGCCAAAAGAACCGGCUGGCCUAGAAGGCCGUGUUUUUGAUGUCGGCAAUGUGAAAAUCCAGGUUCGCAAUGCUAUUGCUGAAGGGGGGUUCUCUUGUGUGUAUCUCGCCCGAGAUGCUGUAAACCCAUCAAAGCAAUAUGCACUCAAGCACAUGAUUUGUAAUGAUUCUGAGUCUUUGGACCUUGUGAUGAAGGAGAUCUCGGUGAUGAGAUUGCUUAAAGGACAUCCAAAUGUCGUUACACUUGUCGCACAUGCCAUAUUGGACAUGGGCCGGGUGAAGGAGGCGCUGCUUGUGAUGGAGUUUUGUGAGAGGUCAUUGGUUGGUGUGCUUGAGAACAGAGGAGCAGGAUACUUUGAUGAGAAGCAAGUCUUAUUGAUUUUCCGAGAUGUUUGCAAUGCAGUGUUCGCCAUGCAUAGCCAGUCACCUCCCAUUGCUCAUAGAGACCUGAAGGCGGAAAAUGUUCUUCUUGGGUCUGAUGGUGCUUGGAAAUUGUGUGACUUCGGUAGUACUUCAACCAAUCACAAGUGCUUUGACAGGCCUGAGGAGAUGGGCAUUGAGGAAGACAAUAUCAGAAAGCAUACUACGCCUGCAUAUAGAGCCCCUGAGAUGUGGGAUCUCUUCAGAAGGGAAGUUAUCAGUGAGAAAGUAGACAUAUGGGCUCUUGGAUGCCUUCUUUAUAGAAUCUGCUAUCUCAAAUCUGCAUUUGAUGGUGAAUCAAAGCUUCAAAUACUCAAUGGGAACUACCGGAUUCCAGACCUACCGAAUUUCAGCACUUCCAUAACAAGCCUGAUUAAAGACAUGCUUGAAGGCUCACCGGACGCCAGACCCGACAUCACGCAGGUCUGGUUUCGUGUUAACCAACAACUUCCCAUGGAGCUGCAGAAGCAUUUACCGGAUGGUUCAACCUCAGCUGCUGACAUGCGCCAUCCCACUUCAGAUGCAAAUAGUGAAGGAGCCAAGCGGAGCCCUUUGAUGCCCAGAAGGAGCCCCCCUCCACCGCCUACUUCCAGAGAACAAGUUCGGAAUAUUUCCCCUCAACCUGAGAAAGAUAUGCACCACUCAAAGUCUUCCCAAGGCACUUCAAAAUCAGUUGGGGGCAGUAUAGGUGGUCCAAUGGGUUCGUUUUGGGCCAGUCAGUUUGCACAAGAUGCUCAAAUAGUGGAAGAGAAAGGCCCUGUGUUUGAUGAACCCUCUACCGAUGCUAUAUCUAAACACAACCGAAAUAACCUUGAUAGCAGAGUUAGCCCUUCAAGAGAACAGCAUACCCGCCCUAGGCAAUCCACCAGGAGUGCAGAGGGAAACCCGCGUAAGAGUGUUGAUGCCAAGCCAUCUGAAGACUUUGAAAUAAGUUUUUUCCCUGAGAACCCAGGCCAUGGUUCAGAAAAGACAAAACCAUCUCAAACUGAGAUCAAAUCAAACUUCCAAAAUGAGGCAUUUAACUCAUUUGUGGCUGAUUUUGAUACAAGUAAGAUCAGUUCCGGGAGUAAUACUUAUCAUGUAAAGAAUAAUGAUUCUGGGAAGGAAGAUCUAGAGGCAGAAGUGAACAGGCUGAAGGAGCAACUGAAGCAAACCAAUUUAGAAAAAUCUGAGAUAACAUCAAAAUAUGAGAAGCUCUCUGCCAUUUGCCGAUCACAGAGGCAGGAAAUUCAGGACUUGAAACGGGCCAUUGGAGCAGCAUCUUUGGUAGCCACAAACAAAGACAGCACCAAAAGCCAUCCAUCUCCCGCCAGUGUGCAAUCAAGCACUCCGCUUGUUGUCUCACAGCCAAGAGAGAAAAUUGAAGGAACAGUGUGGGAACUCCAGCAAGCCAUGUUCACAGGCAGCUCAGCAUCACCCAGCCCAGAUCCAAAGCCAUGGCAGGCAUUCGCAGAUGAGCCAAAAACACAGCCUACAACUAACCUCAGCCAACCCAAAUCUGUCCGUACCACAAACGGCCGCCAAAAUCCCACCAAACAACCUGCCUCCGCUCCGGCUAACAAUGCCUGGGGUUUUGAUCAGGAUAGUUUUACUGCAGUCCCUGCUGCCGGUUCUCAGAUCUCCAGCAGCUCAAUCCAAGGAAGCAUUUCCCAAAGAUUCGCUGCCGGAGAGACAAAGAAGGUAACUGCAACCAGCCAACCCGCCGGGUGGUCUGGUUUCUAAAAUGCUUCUCAAAACCAUCCAAAAUUUUUACUGCUGUAUCUUUUUUGUCCUUUGAUAUGCAAUCUUGUAGCUGUUUCUCUGUGGAAGGAGUGCAAAACCUGUUGUUCUUCACUUGUUGAUGUUGUUUGUAUUAAUUCUCAUUCUUGUUGCUUGUCUUUAUAUAUUUCUCCUUUUCUUCUUAUCAAUAAACAGCUCUUUGAUGAACCUUUGUUCAAA